CCCUUGGGACUUCUCUGCACGCCACCAACAUCGCCCAUCACACACACACGCACACACUCUUGUCCUGUGUCGCGUGACUUGGGACCACCAUUUUCUUCUUCAGGUGCUUGAGUUUAUUGUGCCUUACCUUUGUGUCUUCAUACCCCGCACCCCUUCCUCAAUAUGGGGGUCCUUCCCACAAAUAGACAUGUGCCCGUUUGCCCACUACCACGACCUCUCCUGGACUCAUGUCCAGCCCAGUCUCUCCAGCCUCUUCCGCGAGGGUGAGGGUGAAACUGACAAUCUCGGUAGACUUUAAAGCAGCGAAGUUCGAGUUACACCAUAAAGCGUCACCCCAGGGGGCCCUCCCAGUCGCGGGGGGCGCUGUCCGUUUUCCUCUGGCUUGCAUAAAGAUGACUCCGCUCUCGAAUCCGGGAUGGGAGGAAGAAGCGGGUCCGGAGCAGGGGAAAGGGCGGGGAGGGCCCAAAGGUUGGGCCUGGCUGGAGGGAGGGCCGAGGCGAGAGGCGGUGGAGGCAGCGGCCGGCAGUGCCCAACCACUUAGAGCAAAGCCGGGGCGGGAGGGAAGGUAGGAGGUUAUGCUCAAGUUAGACCCUCGCGUGGGACCACGUGACUGCAGAGAUCCCGCCCUCACCCCAUUUCCCAUUCGAGCCCAGUGUUCGAAACCUGACCCUAGAACUGGCGCGUCCGAGUUCCGCGGGCGUGAGACGCCUGAGGACCCGCCUAGGAACUCAUGGCGGCUACGGUCCGCCUGGGCCGAAAACGCCCGCUGCCGGCUUGCCCCAACCCGCUCUUCGUACGCUGGCUGACCGAGUGGCGAGACGAAGCAGCCAGCAGGGGGCGCCGUACGCGCUUUGUGUUUCAGAAGGCGCUGCGCUCCCUCCGACGGUACCCGCUGCCUCUGCGCAGCGGUAAAGAAGCUAAGAUCUUACAACACUUCGGAGACGGCCUCUGCCGGAUGCUGGACGAGCGGCUGCAGCAGCACCAAGCUUCGGUUGGUGACCAUGCCCCAGGCCCACUAUCUGGAGAGAAGAGUCCACCUGGGGAAGAGCCACCUGCUGAAGUCCAAGACUCUUCUGUGCCAGUGAGAAAGAUCUCUGUCCAGCCCAGAGCAGGAGGCUCUGGCACCUACUGGCCAGCCCGGCACUCAGGGGCCCGAGCUGUGCUGCUGCUGCUCUACCAGGAGCACCUGAAUCCUCAUGGCCGUACCUUCCUAACCAAGGAGGAGCUGCUGCAGGGGUGUGCUCAGAAGGCCCUCAGGGUAGCCCCUGGGAGUGCUCGAUCUUGGCCAGCCCUCCGCUCCCUACUCCACAGGAACCUGGUCCUCAGGACACACCAGCCAGCCAGGUACUCACUGACCCCGGAGGGUCUGGAGCUGGCCCAGAAGUUGGCUGAAUCAGAAGGCCUGAGCUCGCUGAAUGUGUGCAUUGGGCCCGAGGAGCCCUCUGGGGAGGAGCAAGCAGUGCCAGGAGCAGCCUCAGCUAAGCUUGGCGCCAGUGAAGGGGAAGUCCAGCAGCCACCACUGGAGCUGAGGCCUGGAGAGUACAAGGUGCUAUUGUGUGUGGACAUCGGCGAGACCAGAGGAGCAGGACAGAGGCCAGAGCUGCUCCGAGAGCUACAGCGGCUGCACGUGACCCACAUGGUGCGCAAGCUGCACGUUGGGGACUUCAUCUGGGUGGCACAGGAGACCAGGCCCAGAGACCCAGCGAGACCGGGGGAGUUAGUCCUGGACCACAUUGUGGAGCGCAAGCGACUGGACGACCUGUGCAGCAGCAUCAUCGAUGGCCGUUUCCGGGAGCAGAAGUUCCGGCUGAAGCGCUGUGGCCUGGGGCGUCGCGUAUACCUGGUGGAAGAGCAUGGCUCAGUCCACAACCUCAGCCUUCCUGAGAGCACACUGCUGCAGGCAGUCACCAACACUCAGGUCAUUGACGGCUUCUUUGUGAAACGCACAGCAGACAUUAAGGAGUCAGCUGCCUACCUGGCCCUCUUGACACGGGGCCUGCAGAGACUCUACCAGGGCCACACCCUACACAGCCGCCCCUGGGGCACCCCAGGGGACCCUGAAGCAGAAGCCAGGCCCUCUCAAAACCCUCUCUGCUCACUCCUCACUUUCAGUGAUUUCAACACAGGAGCCAUGAAGAACAAGGCCCAGUCAGUGCGGGAUGUGUUUGCCCGGCAGCUGAUGCAGGUGCGUGGGGUGAGUGGGGAGAAAGCAGCAGCCCUGGUGGAUCGAUACAGCACUCCUGCCAGCCUCCUGGCUGCCUAUGAUGCCUGUGCUACCCCCAAGGAACAGGAGUUGCUGCUGAGUACCAUCAAGUGUGGGCGUCUGCAGAGGAAUCUGGGGCCCGCACUGAGUAGGACCUUAUCCCAGCUCUACUGUAGCUACAGUCCCCUGACCUGAUCUACACCAUGAGACAGACACGACCCUUGCCACUUCUCCACCCACCCAGGCUAACCUGCCUUUCAACCAGGAUCUUCUGGGCUAUAAUGAAAAUCUAAGUGCUUGCAGACUUACAUGUUUCAGAAGAGAUGCCAGGGGCCUUGGAAAAUACUGAGGAAAUGGGGAGACCACUUGGUCUGAUGGUUUUUAAACCAAGACCUUCAGGACCUUGGGGUUCCCAGCCAGGACAACAGAGUCAGUGGGGCAUUGCAACUUUGAGUCUGCUUUAUAUAAUCAGAUGGUCCUCGAGCAAAUAAAAUUUCCUUUGAAAAGA